GCGACAGUAUUGUGAGUAACUCCCUGAGAGCGUGCCGUUUGGCCGGAGGAUGGCGGUCAAGCUGCUGCUCGUGCUGCUACUGGUGGUCGGAUGUGGGGCUCAGAGCGGGGGCGGAGACUCGGACUCAGGUGAGAAGACAGAACCCAGAAUCCUUUGCAGUUCUCAUAUCACUAUGACGGGUAAAAAAGAGGGCAGCUUGACAUGUCAGCUGACGGGAGGCAGCGACCACGAGGACGAUGAGGAUGGAGGAUGUGAAAGCAUUGAGAAUAUGACUUUGUGCUUCUCAGUGUGGGAGAUACGCACCCAGAGGAUCAAGUGUCUGGAGGCUUCUGGCAACACGUUCACUUCCCGGCAGCUGGGUCCGAUGGAUGUCUUAAACCUGACUGUCCACCUGAAGGGAGGGUGCCAGGUUUCCAUGAAGGUGGACCUGGCAAAGAUCGUCAAACCCAGGAGGCCGGAGGUGUGGAAUGUGUCCUUUGACCAAGAGUCGGAGCAGGCUGUGAUUUAUGUGCGGACGCCGUACGAGGAGGACUACCUGAAGGUGGACAACCAGGUCUUCCAGCUGCAUAUCCACACCACCGGUGUCAACAUGAUUCAGAACAUCUCAUCGAAGGACUACCUGCAGAUCAGCAUGACGCACCUGUGCAAACACUGCAAGUAUGGCGUGAGAGUGCGAGCCAUUCCCCAGGGGUAUUUUCAGGGUACCUGGAGUGACUGGAGUGAGACCUUCAGUUUCGUCACUCCUGGAGCAGAGGGAAACUUUGACGAGAGGCAGGUGACGGCGUUCAUCCUGGUCAUGUGUCUGGUCUCUGUUGUGGUCGUCUUCAGCAUCCUUGUCUUCUGGAAAAACAAAAUAAUCACCUACAUGUGGCCAAGCAUCCCGCAUCCAAAACAGACUCUGGUGCAGAUCUGCAAGCCAAACAAAGGUGUCCUCUUGAACUUAAGUCCGGAAGUCUUCAGUUUCCUCAAAGUUUUCCCACUGGAGAAAACGGAUGAGCUUCCAGUUGACGAUGCUGAAGGUUCUGGGUAUAGUUCGGCCCAGAGUUCUGACUGCAGGAGUGCCACCAGUGCCAGCACGGAAGAGCUGGAUCUGUCUGCCCUGCUGAGCAGAUCCUCCUCCGACAGCGACGGCAGCCUACAGAGCACCAACCCAUCCCCUGUCAACGUCCUGCAGAGCCAGCCUCAGCCUGAGCUGGGCUGUGCCAGCGACCGUGCAGAGGCGGGGGGGCAUCAGCAGGAGGAGGCCUACGUCACCAUGUCCAGCUUCUACCAGAUCCAAUAGAAGAGGCAGCACCAGUACCAGUGCUAAUCAAACUUUUGAGAACAAGCCGGAAUUACUCCCAGGAACACCAGAAUCUUGCUCUGACAACUCACCGGGUCCUGGAUUUACUUCUGAGGAAAUUGAAUGAUGGAUCUCACCAAUCUUAAUGACCCCUUUGACUUGUUUUGACCCUUUGACUACCCAAGUGCCACCAUGGGGCUGAGAUUUUGACCAAAUAAAACUUAAUCUCAGCAUCCACUGAAGUUGCUCCAAGGCCAUGCAAGUUCCACAGGGGAUGAAUUCUGACUUUUAAAUCCUAACAAUGACAAAAACAUUAUCUUUAUUACUCCAGUAUUAAUCCCAAGUGAGUGUCUAACCUCUUUACACAGCUGCUGAUGGACUGAAAAUGAUGGAAAUUCUCAUGUUUCCAGACCUCCAUGAUGCCUUUCAAUCCUACAACCUGAGAACAAAUCCUUUGUUUCUGCUAGCUGGAUGGCUAACUCCUUAUAUUUACACUAAAGGCUACAGACAUGUUCAAAAUUUAGAUGCCCUCAUUUUAAUCUGAUGUUUUUGAUCAUCCUGGGUUAAGUAUAAGACAACAACCUCAGACCUUGAUGGCUUGUAAAUCCUUGUUCAGCAGCAAUAAGUUGAAGUAGUGGUUUCCAGACUUUAUCAGACUCCUGGGUCCCAGACCAUCCUCCCUCCACCACUGUUCUUGAUAGUGGGAAUGAGGUGUUUCCGCUAAAAUGCUGUGUUUGGCCCAAACCUGGUGCACAUCUACAGGUUUCAUUGGCCCACAUUUGGCUUUGACUAACAGUCAGUGCGGUUACAUGCACAUGUAAAUCAAGCUAUUGGCAACAAUCUAUUUAAGGAUUAAACUGGAGGUUCAGAGAAAUCUGAGUAUACAUGUGCGAGAAGGGGCAGUCAGUAGCUCGGUUCAGCCUGGGUUGCUUAUACAUGCCGGAAUAACUCAAAUUAGGACCACAUUAUCUGGCAUUCGCUCAUUAGCACAUUAGCUCAAUCUCAAGAGCUUCAGUUCGGCCCGGUUAAGCUGGGCAUACACUGUGCGAUAUUUUAAAUGGUUUGAUUCAGCCCCAUCUCACACUGCACGACUAGAUCGCUGAGUUCAAAAGUUCACAGCCCACGAUUUAUGGUCUCACACUG